GUCAUGACGAAGAUGCGGUGCACAUUUAUAUUUUUGCUCUCUGUUUUGAGCCUUACCUGUGCUGCACCUCCAAGAUCGCAAAAGGAGAUCCUGUCUCAAUUCUUUCGCUAUGCCGAGACCAUUCGUGGCAUUCAUAUUCACAAUAUGCUGGGCGCCUUAGUUAAUGUUUUGCAGCAGAUAGUGGAUAGUGUGCCGGUUGAGGAACGUGGACCGGGAACAUCUGUCCAACAGAGCUAUAUUAACCGCGGCAGGAACCUCCUUCAGCAUGGCUCUACUGCUGAGAAAUAUGAACACAUCUACGGUCAACCAGGCGAUGAUCUAAAUGACAGCUUAUCUGAGUUUCAAAAAACUGAAAUGUCCCGUAUCGCAUCAAAGGGCUAUCCCAGUGAAGUCACCAAGGAGUAUGAGAAAUUGCAUAAUAAAUUUACGGAAGGUGCCACCCAAAUGAAAACGAAACUGACUCUGGCAACCAUAGCCCAGGAAAGUGAGGUUUUUAAUGCGAUUAACAAAUACAUAACUUCUAAUGAUGUUCAGCAACAUGAAACCCUCAUAAAAGAAGUCCUGAGAUUCAAAAAUAAGUACUAAACGACUGUAAUAAAAUAAAACCAAUUUAAUACACCUUUUUUUAAUGCAA